CUCCUCCCCCUCCGGAGAACUUCCCCAUAAACCCUCAUAUAAACAGCGCGGGGUUCAUGUUUCACAUUAUCAGGGUCUGAAAAUCUCCUCUCUGUCUCUCCUUCACACAUACUGAGGAGACAGUAAAUAUGAACCCCAGACUGGUGGUGUUUCUGCUCCUCGCGCUGUCCUGCACUGCACACCAGCACCUCUCAGAGCAUCACAUCCAGCACAACUCCAACGCUUUCCUUGAUGAUGAGGAUAAAGAUGAGAUAAAGAAACUCAGCCCAUCUGAACAGAGGGGGAAAAUGGUGGAGAUAGUGAAGAGAAUCGACACUGACUCAGACAAGUUCUUAACUCCAGAGGAGAUCACGGUGUGGAUACAGAGAGUGUAUAAGCGCUAUGCGAUGGAUGAUGCACAGGAACGCUUCCCAGGGUUUGAUAUAAACAGUGAUGGUCUGGUUUCUUGGGAUGAAUAUAACAUGGUGAUGCACGGACACACCGUCGAAGUGGACGAGAACGCUGUCCUCGAGGACCCAGAAGAAGAGUCUCUCAGAUUUCUUCAUCUGAAGGAGAAAAGGAGAUUUGACUUUGCUGAUACGGACGGAACGUCUGGAUUAAACGUGACUGAAUUUCUUGCGUUUACACAUCCGUCUGAAGUGGAUCACAUGUCUGAUUUUGCUAUUGAAGAUGUGCUGAGUGAAUAUGAUCUGGAUAAAGAUGGAUUUAUCAGUCUGAGUGAAUUCAUCGGAGAUCUCAGAGCAAGUGAGAGUGAUGAGCCGUCUCAGUGGGAGGCUGAGGAGACGGUUCGGUUUAAAGACCUUUAUGACCAGAACAAGGAUGGAAAGCUGAACCGAGACGAGCAGCUGCGGUGGGUUGCCCCGAACAGCUACGGCUCAGCGAGAGAGGAGGCUGUUCAUCUUAUUAAGGAAAUGGAUCAGGAUGGAGACGAGAGACUUUCAGAAACAGAGAUUUUGAAGAACCAGGAUAUUUUCAUGAACAGCGAAGUGACCGACUACGGCAGACAGCUCCAUGUGCCUCAUGAUGAAUUAUAACACUUUCAAAUGGACUUUUUUUAUAUUAACAUCUUAGUAGUUUUAUAGUGAAUGUUAAUUUUCUUCUAAAAGAAAGAAGAUUGAUUGUAUUUGUUUGUCCUCGUGAAAGCUACAUUCUGUUUAGUGAGUAAGAAGUAGGUUUGCGCACUAAAUUACUCACUUUUGGAAGGUUAACUCUUAGAUUAACUCAAAGUACAGUUUUUGUACUGAAUAUAUUGUACUGUUACUGUAUGUCUCAGGCAGUUGUGUAUAAUAAUAUUUUUCAACACCUGUUAGAUCAGAAUUAUGUAAGAUUUAGUUUUUGUUCCUUUAGGCUUCCAGUUGAAAUAAUUUCUUCUUUGAAAAAAACACUUUAAGGACAUGCAUUUCUGGACAAGCUGAGAGAUGUUUCCAGUCUGCUUUCAGUCUGCUUUCACAAACGUACAUAGUAGUUAGUGCUGUUCCCAGCUUUUUAAGGCCAGUCCCCUUAGUCACUGGAUCAUUAAAACAACUGUUAUGUUUUAUAUACAGAUAUGUUUAAUAUCUUAGUAAGUAUAAUUUUACUAUUUAAUUGAGGUAAGGUAUAAAAAAAACCCAUAAAAAAUAGUUUAAGACAUGUUACUCUAAUUUUAUGAUGAGGAUAAGGCUGUUGUUCUUGAGCUAUUUUUUUUUUUUUUCGUUUUUGGAUGAUGUGUCAGAAAAUUACCAGAAGAAAGUUUGGUCCUUAAGUAAAGUUGCAUUAAUCAUUUAACAUCCUUAUCAAGAAAAAAGCAAUGAAAUAUUUCAUAUAAAUAAACAAUUUAUGUUCUUUUUUUAAAGACCCCAGUUGAUAAAAUGUUGAUAAAAUGUACAUUCCUAAUAAAUGUUUGAAAUGAAAUGAUGUGGUAAAAUUAGAACAACAGUUAAUACAUUGUAAUAAUAAUAAUAAUAAUUAUAAUGUACAUUCCAUUCCAUUCAUUAAAUCGAAAUGCUGAAAAUGAAAUGCUCACCAGAAAUUCGAAAAAAAAAACGUGUCUAAAAUGAUUGAGGGAUAAGAACUGAGACAUACUCUUGAAAAGGUGUAUGUGAAAGACUAGUUUCACCAAAAUCAGUGUGUGGACUAUCAUAGUUAAUUUAAUGAAGUUAAUGAAUAAUCACAGUUCAUUUAUAGGGGCAAACACAUUUUCACACUGGGCUAGAUUAGUUUGGAUAGUUAUUUCUAACUUUAAAAAAUGAAAUCAUCAUGUAAAAGGUGCUUUUUAUAUUUUCUCAGAUUUGGUUUGUCUGAUGUUAAAGUUUGUUUGAUGAUCUGAAAAAUGUCUGACAAAAAUGCAAAAACAGAGGAAAUCUGUAAGGGGACAAAUACUUUGUCACACCACUGUAUACUCCAGAAACACAACUACCUAUCAGUGUAACAUUCUGGAAAUGCAGACCUUUCUGUGAUUAAAAAUAAAAUAAAAUACAUCUA